AUGUCAAAACUCAUUACCAUCUUUGGUGCCACCGGCAACCAAGGUAGCUCGGUCAUUCGAGCCAUCCAGGCCGAUCCCAAACUCUCGAAGGAAUUCAAGAUCCGGGGAAUCACCCGUGAUGCUAGUAAGCCCGCGGCCAAGGAUCUCGUCGCGAAGGGCGUCGAAGUGGUCUCGGCCGACAUGUCCUCCGCAUCGUCUCUCGCUGCCGCCAUCGAGGGAUCCCACACCGUCUUCCUCGUCACUAACUUCUGGGAAUCCCUCUCCAGAGAAGUAGAGGUCGGGCAGGGCAAAGCGGUCGCCGACGCCAGUAAGGCCGCAGGCGUCCAGCACCUCAUCUUCUCCUCCAUCCGCAACGUCACGGAGAUGAGCAAGGGUCGGUUGAAGCGGCUCGCUCAUUUCGACGGUAAAGCCGAGAUCGAGGAUUACAUCCGAUCCAGCGGCGUGCCCGGCUCCUUUGUACUGGCAGGAUUCUUCAUGUUGAACACGUUCGAGAUGAUCAACAAGCAAGGCGACACGUAUACCCUGGCGUGGCCUGUUGAUCCUCAUAAGGCGCAAAUCCCUGUGUUUGAUGUCGGAGAUGAUACUGGCAAAUUUGUCAUUGCGGCUAUUAACCGCGGACCGUCAAACGAGCGGAUUCUAGCGGCCACCGAGUACUACACCCCGGAACGUCUCAUCGCUGAGUUCUCUGAGGUCACUGGACACAAGGCACAAGCUGUACAAAUUCCUAGCGAGCUGUUCAAGAGCUUCCUGCCUCCCGCUGUGGCGGAGGAACUGAACGAGAACAUCCUCCUGCUGGAAGACCCAGGGUACUAUGGUGGCGAGAGCUUGGACGCGUCUCACGCACUACUAGGCCAGCAGAAACCGACUGGUUGGAAGGAAUUCGUGCAGCGGAACAAGAGCAAGUGGCCUUGA